AUGUCUUUAUUAAGAGAUUCAGAAUUAGAAGAAGUUCACAAAAAAAUUAUUGACAGUACAAUAGAAAAAUGUAGUAAAUUUUACAAUGCAAGAAUUCUUGAAGCUAUAAAGACAAGAUGGAUUAAAAUAUAUGAACAAAAAUUAAAAAACCAAGAACAAGGAAUAGAAUCAAAAGAUAAGGAAACAGUAGAAACCCAAAUAAAUUUAAGUAAUAACAAUGAUUUAGAAGAUGAUGAAUUUGAAGAUGCUGAAGUUGAAGAAAAAGAAAUAAAAGAAUUUCAAGAAGAAAUAGAAGACGAUGAAGAAGAUGAAUUAAAUGAUUUAGAUAAUAUAUCAAUAAGCGAUUUAAGUGACGUAGAUCCUCCUACAAAUAAUAUUAUAAUAGGAGUAUGUGAUAAAAUAUCUAAACCUUGUGGUAGAAGGAAUACAAGUAACAAUUGGAAAAUUAAACUUAAAGGAGGAUUAAUGAAAGUUGAUGGAAAAGAAAUGUUUUUUCGUAGUUUACAAGGAGAAUUAGAAUUUUAA